AUGCGAGUUGAGUGGCCGAAGAUCGAGGCGUCAGCAACUUCCCCACUUUCAACCGCCACAACCCCUCUUUGCUUGUGCCGCGAUAGAGUUCACGAGGCGUCGCGAGGUAUGCUUUGGAGCUGCCAAAACACUACGUGGCGACGAAUGACGUUGGUGGGUAAACCUCUUGCAUCGAGAGGUAUGACUUCGUCAACCCUCGUCCAGCGCUCCUCGGUUUCUACGGUUUCGAGGGCGAGCGCAGUGAUCGAUAUCUUUGCGCCUUCUCUUGUGUCCCUUUGUCCUUUGCAUUUCAAGUAG